UGUCGGGCCGGUUUGAGAGCCGCGGGGACAGAGGGAGGAAGGCUGCCGAAGGAUGCGCGGCCUGCCCCGUGCUCGCCCGCACCCUCCGCCGCUUGAGCCCGACCUGCCUGCGCCGCUGCCCGCCUGCCCGACCCCACGAUGCGCGCGCCGGGCCUUGUGGCGCUUCUGCUGGGCCUGGGCCUGGGGCUGGCGCUGAGCCUGCCGCCGGCGGUGGCCGCCGACUGCGGGUCCCUCGGCCCGGCCGCGCGCCUGGCAUUCUCCCCAGCAGCCAGGACCCGCUGGCUGGCCCCUCGCGUCAGGGCGCCGGGGCCCCUGGACCCCCUUUACCGCAUGGUGCGCCGCUUCCUCUCCGUGGUGCAGCUCAACCCCUUCCCUUCGGAGUUGGUAAAGGCUCUGCUGAAUGAGCCAGCCUCCCUGAAGGUGGACGAGGUGGUGCGGUACGAGGCGGGCUACGUGGUGUGCGCCGUGAUCGCCGGCCUCUACUUCCUGGCGCUGCCCACCACCGGCCUCUGCUUCUGCUGUUGCCGCAGUCGCCGGCGCUGUGGUGGCCGCGUGAAGACGGAGCACAAGGCCAUGGCCUGUGAGCGCGGCUCCCUCAUGGCCUUCCUGCUGCUGACCACCCUCGUGCUGCUGGCUGGUGUGGUCUGUGCUUUUGUCACCAACCAACGCACACAUGAGCAGACGGGGCCCAGUGUCGAAGCCGUGCCUGAGACCCUGCUCAGCCUGCGGGGCCUGGUCUCCGAUGUCCCCAAGGAGCUACAGGCCGUGGCGAAGCAGUUCUCUGUGCCCCAGGAGCGAGUCCUGAAGGAGCUGGAUGGGGUUGGCGAGAGCAUCGGCACCGCCAUCCACAGUCGGCUCAGGAGCACCGUGUACCUGGCGCUGGCCUCCGUGCACGACCUGGGCCAGGCCCUGCAGGUCUCUGUGGACCAGCUCCGGGCCCUGAACAGCACGUCGGUGGAGCUGCAGGAGGGGCAGCAGCGCCUGGGCCCGGCUGUGCGGGAGCAUCGGGAUCGCCUGCUGGCCCUGCUGCAGCAGGCUGGCUGCAGGAGGGACUGCACAGACACCCAGGACCGGGCCCGGGCCCUGGAGCUGGGCGCUGACUUCACGCAGGUGCCCCCUGUGGACAACGUCUUGCGCCACCUGAAGGAUGUCCCAGAGGCCAACUUCUCCAGCAUGGUCCAGGAGGAGAACAGUACCUUCAACAGCCUCCCAUUCCUGGUGGCCAUGCAGAUGGACCAUGUGAUCCAAGAUCUGAAGGCGGCCGUGGCCCAGAAGCCCGACGGCAUGGGGACACUGGCUGAAGGGUUCCCAGAAUUGGAGGCAGCUUCCCGCUGGAGCCAGGCUCUGGAGGAGUUGGAAGAAAACAGCCGCCCGUACCUGAAGGAGGUGCAGCGAUACGAGACAUACAGGUGGAUCCUGGGCUGCGUGCUGUGCUCCGUGGUCCUGCUUGUGGUGGCCUGUAACCUGCUGGGCCUCAGCCUGGGCAUCUGGGGACUAUCUGCCAGAGAGGACCCCAGCCACUCAGAAGCCAAGGGCGAGGCCGGAGCCCGCUUCCUCAUGGUAGGGGUGGGCUUCAGCUUCCUCUUCGCCGCCCCCCUCGUCCUCCUGGUCUUCGCCACCUUCCUGGUGGGCGGCAACGUGCAGACGCUGGUGUGCCAGAGCUGGGAGAGUGGGGAGCUGUACCAGUUUGCAGACACCCCGGGGAACCUGCCCCCGUCCCUGAACCUGUCCCACCUUCUGGGCCUGAGGAAGAACAUCAGCAUCCUCCUGGCCUAUCAGCAGUGCAGGGAAGGGGCCGCGCUCUGGAAGGUCCUGCAGCUCAAUGACUCCUACAACCUGGAGGAGCACCUGAAUAUCAGCCAGUACACGCACAAGCUGCAGCAGGACCUGCAGAGCUUCCGGCUGGACGUGCAGGACCUGGACCUGUUGAGCCCCGAGGCCCGCCGGGACCUGGAGGCGCUGCAGAGCAGUGGACUGGAGACCGUUAACUACCAGGAGUUCCUCCUGCAGAUCCGGAAGCCUGUGGUGAAGACCGACGUGGGGCAGCUGGCUCUGGAGCUGGACGGGCUGGCCCAGGCCCAAGGCAAUUCUUCGCUGGGGCAGCAGCUGAGAGAGGAGGCCCAAGGGCUCAGGAAACUCUUGGAGGAGGAGGUUGUCCCUCAACAGAACCUGGCGGCGAGGUUCAACCUCAGCGCCCGGGCCCUGGAGUCCUCUGCCCCGCGUCUUCAGCUGGAGACCGCGGGCGUCCUGAGCAACGUCUCCCGCCUCCGGGCAGAGCUGCCCGCCCGGGUCAGCAACAUCCUGAGGAGCGAAAGCACCUGCUUCCUGACCCGGGGGCUGGGCUACUUCUCGCAGUACGUGGCCUGGGUGAGAGAGGAGGUGACUCAGCACAUCGCCACCUGCCAGCCCCUCUCCGGGGCCCUGGACAAUGGCCGUGUGAUGCUGUGCGACAUGGUAGCCGACCCCUGGAAUGCCUUCUGGUUCUGCCUGGCCUGGUGCACCUUCUUCCUCAUCCCCAGUAUCAUCUUUGCUGUGAAGACCUCUAAAUACUUCCGCCCCAUCCGGAAACGCCUCAGCUCUACCAGCUCUGAGGAGACUCAGCUCUUCCACAUCCCCCGGGUCACCUCCCUGAAGCUGUAGGACCCAGCAGGGCGAGCUGCCCCCGGGGACGCCUGCCCUGACUCCAGCUCGGCCCGGACUAGAGGCUCCGCGGCUCUGCCCAGAGCCCAGGCGGCGCAGACCUGGACUGCCACCAUUCCAGCUGCCCUGGGCCGCCCUGCCUGCCCCGGCCCACCUUCUGCUCACGACCCCCUUCACUCCCCGCCUGGAGCUCGGAACCUGCGGUUCUCCCAGGGGCACCUCGGCCCCGAGAAGGGCCUGCUCUUCACCUGCCGGCCCCUUGGCUGGGGCAGAGGCCAGCCAGCCUUGCCCUGUCCCCAUCCACCCUGCGGGUCUCCCCCUGGUCCUCCGCAAGCUCCUGCCUCCCAUCAGCCCAGAUUCCCUCCUGCUCCCUCCCCAGCCCUCUCCUCCCUCCUCCAGGGAAGUCCUCCCUCCCCUGGGUCCCCUCUCUCUCUUGUCUCCACUAUCAUGCUGCUGGCCCCAGGGACCCUCCUGCCGACCACACUGGCCAGGUAAACCACCAGACAGAGGCCGCCAUGGCCCGGUCUGGGCGCUGGCGACCCCUGAGCCCUCCGCAGCCCGGCCCCGCCUCGCUUAUCAGACCUCGGUGGCUGAGACCUGCUUCCACCUUGACUCGGGCGUUUGCCCCACGCCACCCCACGCCUCCACAGAGGCCCGGCAGCUUUCCCAGGAGGGACCCGGUGGCCCAAAUGGGAGUUCACACUCCCCCUUCCACCCUGCGUAUGUGGCCCGAGGCCACCCUAGCCCGUCCCCGUCAUCACUGCCCUGCUGAACCGAGUUCCACAAAGAGGAAGAGGAGAGAGAAGAGAUGGCAGCUCUCGUUCCAUUAAAGCCUUGGUUUGAGGUCCCAGAAGCCAGGCCUCCCAGGCUGGGCCCCUGAACACAGUUGGUGUUCAUGAGUGUUUGUGGAGAGAAGAGUCCCCGGGCCUCCCUGACUCCAGGCAUCCAGGGAUCCCUGCAGCAGUCAGCAAACGGGGAGCGGCACCCUCUGGAGCAUGCUCGGGAGCAGCAGCCUGGUUCACGCCUGGCCCCGUGCUGGCUGGCUGGGCACCUUGAACGUGUACUGUAGGUCCCUGGCCUCCGUUUCUCCUUUUAUAGGAUGGAGACUCUGGCCUCUGUGAAAAUGAAAUAUGAUGAGUGGCAGGCCCUCGGCAGAGGGUGGCCCUGGGUGGGAGCUGCUCUAUGCAUCAAGACUACACUGGACCAAAGGCAGAGCUAGGGUCUGGCGGGCACAAGGGAGAGGGGAGAUGGCCGUGUUCAAAGGCCAAAAGUCCACUAAGGUGGUGGUCUCCCGAAUUUCAGGGAGUGUCUGUGUUUAAUUGCAUCUUAAAGCCAGCGACAGAUUUUCCGCCGGGAACCAGGAGGGUGCCUCUGUGAUCUACUGAGCACAGUGAGCUGACCUCCAACGAGCAUCCUCAGAUUCAGCACAGUUGCUCUUGUUGUCUUUCCCCGAGGAUUUUGUUUGUUUGCUUCUGCUGUUUGCUCAUCUGCCGGCUUGUGCAGGGGAAGGGUGACCCUGCACAUUAAAAAUGCAGUGGAUGAGACUGAAACAAAUGAGGUCGAGACGGGUACCAUGGUGCUCGCCUGUGGUUUCAGCAACUCAGAAGGCUGAGGCAGGAGGGUUGCAAGUUCAAGGCCAGCCUCAGCAACUUAGUGAGAACCUAAGCAACUUAGCAAGACUCUGUCGCCAAAUAAAAAUAGAAAAGAGCUGGGGAUGUAGCUCAAUGGUAGAGUUCUCCCAUAUCAUAAAAACAAAAGAAAACAAAUGAAGUAGAAAUAAUUUAAAAGUCAUGUCCAGUGCUCUAUUAGAAUCGCCUCUUAUUAAUGUAUUUGAACAUAGUUUUGUCUUUUUGUUUUGUUUGUGUGCUCUGGAUCAAACCCGGGGCCUUGUGCAUGGUAGGCAAGCUCUCCACCACUGAGCUACAUCCCCAGCAGCAGAGUUAUUUUAAUAUUGAGUGAUUCUCUUGUAUGGAGACCUCAUGGUUCUGUUUCUAGUGGCUGUUGUUUCCCUUGGAUUUUGUUAGUUUUGUCUCCUCCCUCUUCACACACUUGGUGGGUUUUGAUUGAGCCUGGGUACUCACUGUAUCUGAAAACUAGCAGGAAGUCUAGGAUGACGUUCUCUUCCUCCAGGAAAAUUAUGUUUACAUCUGGCAGGUGACUGGGGACCUAGCAAACCAGGGUCACUUGAAUCCACAUGUGGGAAGGAGAUGAUUUUUCAGUCCUUGGGAGGAAGUCUCUUCUUCCACUUUGUUCACCUCCCUAGUGUGGAGGCCUCGGGGUCCCAGCCCAGGGCACAACAGACUUUCCAGGCACACCCCCUCUCCAUGGGCCUGGUUUGUCACUCCACAGGUUGUUCAAAACUCUGCUCAGCAUCUUUGCAGUGUCUUUUGGAAUCAUCGGACCCCUUAGGGAGAAAGCAGUCCAGAUGCCAGGCACAUGUCUGGGGGUGUCCUUCUUUCCCAGAUCUUGACACUGUGAUCCGUGGCUGUCAGUUUGCUUCUUGGUGCCUUCAAUCACCCUUCAAUAUACAUACACAAGUAUCCAUUGUAAAUAUUAAAUGUAUGCAUUAUACAUAUUAAACAUUACACACACUAAAUACACCUGUAGCUUAAAAAGCUG